AUGCAUUUACACAAAAUACAGAAUUCUCCACAAGUUCAUCCUUGUGCAAAAUUUUCAACUUCCUCUACUACUACUACUACUACUACUACUACUACUACUACUACUACUACUACUACUACUACUACUACUACUACUACUACUACUACUACUACUACUACUACUACUACUACUACUACUACUACUACUACUACUACUACUACUACUACUACUACUACUACUACUACUACUACUACUACUACUACUACUACUACUACUACUACUACUACUACUACUACUACUACUACUACUACUACUACUACUACUACUACUACUACUACUACUACUACUACUACUACUACUACUACUUCACAAUGUCCUUUCGCCAUUCCUUUCGAAGAACUACUAGCUCUGGAUUUAGGUUAUCACGUGAAUUUAAGCAAGGCAUUUCAUACUGCUCUAUACUACCAAGUUCAAAAAUCAUCAAAUUAG